CAGCGACCAGGACCUUGCUGGAACCCCGGAACUCGGACCCCAGAAGAGCCCCUUGUGGGAGAGACCUGGCUCUGGGAACUCGUGUCUGAGAGAUGGAGGACAGCUGUGACACAGACUGCAGCUCUGUGACCCACUCUGUGAACGGUGCGUGGAACCACUGUGCUGACGGCGCGGUCGGGGACGCGGACGCAAUCCCGGUGACCUUCAUCGGCGAGGUUUCAGACGACCCCGUGGACGCGGGGCUGUCGUCCAACAGCAACAACAACGCAGGCUCAUCCAACACGGUGGGUGUCCCCAGCAGGGGCCCCUGCCUGCCCACAUGUGACGCUGAGCAGGACCAGCCCCGCGGGAGGUGGAGCCCUCCCCACGACCCCAGCCCAGGAGACCAGGACAGGAGGGCGGCUGGGAUGGCGCCCAAGGUGGCCUCCCUGGCCGUGAAGCUUCCCACAGCCGUCCCGAGUGUGCAGGAGCCAGGCCUCGCGCCCCGCUCUGCUCCUGGAGAGAGGACUCAGCCCUCACGGAGAGCGGAGGACACGGAGGCCGGCGAGCCAAGCGGCAUCCCGGGGCCCCCGUCCUGGUGCCGGUGGAGCCGCCCCGCAGUAGAAAGCUAUGGACUGAAGCACGGCCUCACCACGUACAAGAUCGUUCCUCCCAGGUCAGAGAUGCGGUGUUACGACCGCGGCGUGUCCCUGACCACGGGCGCCAUCAAGAUCGACGAGCUGGGGAACCUGGUGAGUCCCCCGGGGGCUGGUGGCAGGCCUGGCAGCGGGGCCGAGCUCGCGCCCUCCUCCCCCGGGGUUGACACCCAGGCUCAGCCCCUCGGGAAAGUGAAGGAGUUCUGGAAGCGCGGGUCCCUGGAGAAGCCCCCAAGCCAGCCUUCGGGGCACUCGGCAGCCAGGGGGACCCCCAAGGCCACCGCUGUCACCACGACCACCCCCACCCCAGUGCCUGCAAAGCCAGCGCAGGACAGCACUGUCCCCGCGGCCCCCGCGCCCAGCCCGCCACAGCAGCGGGCUGCCCCCCAAGCACGUGGGCUUCUGCUGGAGGACCAUGGGCACCGACCGCCCUGGACAGCCUCGGGUCAGGAGAAAGCGCAGGGGGCGAGCGUGGCAGAGGUCCCGUUCCUCAAGCCUCACAGAAGGACCUCCAGCCAGCACGUGGCCUCGGCCAUCGCCCGGCGGAUAGGAUCCGUGCCGGCCCCAGCCAACGCAGCGAGGCAGCGCAGUCACUCGGAGAAGGGGCCCGAGGCCCGGAGUCCAGGGUCACCGGCACAGACCCUCGUCAUCAGAGGUGCCACAGCUCCUGGCCGGGCCUCUGAGCCACAGAACCACGACACACGGCAGCUGGGCACCCGUGGGCCCAGCAGUGCCCAGCCUGGCAGGGCAGCCAGCAGCCCACAGAGGAUACCGCUGGCCGGGGACAAGGACGGCCCUGCUGCCGUCCAAAGAGAGUUCUGCUCCCUGCCAAGCCCUACUUCCUGGAGGGAGCCCGUGUCUGCAAGAUGGAGCCAUGGCCCCCCGGAGAAGUCCGGUUCCCGAGACCUAAAGGCCAGCUUGGCCUCCCACCCCACGCACAACCGGGACGGGGCGCAGCUCAGCCCCGCACACCCAGCAGAUGUGCCGACGCCCAGCAAAAUGCUGGCCAAUGGCUCUGCCUGGGACCCGGAGCCUCCUCGCUGCCCAUGGGGGUCUGGCACCCACAGCCACAUCAUCCUGGAAACGGAGGACAGGCCCAGGGCGUCCCCCGAGGCUGCGAGUGAAACAGAGGGCGCUCUCCCAGCCAGCAUUUUUGGGCCAAAGAAGAAAUUCAGGCCUGUGGUCCAGAGGCCAGUGCCGAAGGACACAUGCCUGCACAGCGCCCUGAUGGAGGCCAUCCACUCGGCCGGCGGGAAGGACAGGCUCCGCAAGACGGCAGAGCCCCCUGCGGAGCGCGGGCCCCAGACGCUGUCCUAUGCGGGGGUGGACAGCGAGCGCUCGGCCCUGCUGGCGGCCAUCCGGGGACACAGUGGCACCCAAGGCCUGCGGAAGGUGUCGUCUUCAGCUUCUGCGGAGCUCCAGGGCUGCCGGGACUCAGCGCCUCCUGAAGCGCCUCCAGCCCCACCGGCCCCCCAGAUUCCCCCUGCACCCCCGGCAGCUCCCGGGCUGGGCUCGGGGCCCCUAGGCGAUGUGGUAGAUGCAAGGCAGGCCCUGCUGGAUGCCAUCCGCUCCGGCUCAGGCGCUGCCAGGCUGAGAAAGGUGCCCUUGCUUGUGUGAACCACCGAGAGAGGCCAGACCGGGCAGAAACCCACGCAGAAGACCCUGUGCCUGCCACCCAAGACCCCAUGUGGCGGGGAACAAGAUUUAGGGCGACUCUGCAGGCCAAACGUGUGCGGCAGGAUCCAAGGCGGGAGCGCGGCCUUGCCAGCGAGCAUGUGCCAAGGGAAUAAACGUGCUUUGCCUCUGAAUGUGUGAAGUGCCAAUAACCCCUCCUGGUGGCAGGUGGCAGGGGACCCACACGUCGGAGCCCAGCCCCUGGAUCACAGGUCUGAGCCCAGCGAGGGGACUCCGGCCUCUGAUCGCCGUGGGCCCUCUGAGAUUUGGCCGCGUAGAGAUUGAUAGAAUCAUGUACUUGUUUAAAAUCUUAAUUCAAGAGGCAGAAAACCCACAAAUCAACAGAAACAGUCAGUGUCCCAGCUCCCUGCCGCCUGUGCUCUGGAGUAAGAAGAGCGGAGGCUGUUUCCAAGGUGAUCUUUGCUGGCUUAUUAAACUAUUAGAUUCUUUCUCCUCGGAUAUCUGAGGCUGAUACCUCACGGACGUUCUCAGGCCGCGAUCUGACCGUCCGAGCGUGAGUCUCCCUCAGUCUCUGGGACAGGGCGUUCCCUGGCUUCCAGAGGCGACAAGGGCCCCGCGAGGACAGUGGCCCCCGCGGGCUGUGAGGUGCAGCAGGUCUCCCCGGAGCCUGUGUACGGAGCCCGGCGCACGCAGAGCCUCGGGACCGCCUGGGGCCGGGGCAGGGAGGCAGGGCCGCAGGUCGCAGAGAUGGGGCCAGAGCCGAGCUUUGUGAGCACGACUUGGAGGCCGCUUCUGGGUCCGGUGGCCGCUCCAGUACUGUGAGACGGUCUUCUCUGAGCACGCGGUGCUUGGCCCCAGAUUGACACCAGGCCGAAGCACGUGUGUCUCCAGAACUCGGGCUCCGUGCAGCAAAACGAAGCAAAUCAGAGAUCAAACGACCUCGUGAAAUAAAAUCAAAUCUUAGCGCACAGCCCCUUAGCGGGUCGGCGCUGUUUCCAGCCCGGGGGUCGGGGGACUUCCCGCCCCAGCGGGCGAUGCUAACCAUCUGGGCGAGGGGCAGCUGCUGCCAACCGCUCUGAGUCACAGCUGUCUACUGUUUCAUUUAGUGCCACAAAUAAAUGAAGAUGGAAUCACA